UAGAACAUUCUCCCCAGAAGCUUAAUUCUUCCACCUCUAUGGCACAGCAAUCCUGCUGAGCAAACUACACCGAGAAAACAGAAGGAAGCUAAAGAUACACUGCUUGAAGCAUGUUGUUAAGGUUACGAGGCUUGGGGUUUCCUCUUUUUUAUUUUUUUUUUCCCCGUUUCCCGCCUCCUUCUUUCAAACAAGCCACAUCUUGACUCAUAUGGUCUGAUGUGAAAACCCACUCAGCUAUUUGAUAGUUGGGAAAUCUAGAUGAGACUGUAAGUUAUUUCAAAGGAAGCCUGUGUGUGCUGUGAACUCUCUCCCUCUCUCUCACACACACACACAAGCACACACGCGGGGCAGCUCCGCACUAUGGUAGUGCAGACAGCUGUGACUCCGGGUAGGACCCGAAGACUUUUAUUCAAAAUACCGUAUGGAUCACUGAGGAGGCGCAGUGUGGAAAGGAUGACGGAGGGUCGCAGAUGCCAAGUGCACCUCCUUGACGACAGGAAGCUGGAGCUCCUCGUUCAGCCAAAGCUUUUGGCCAAGGAGUUGCUUGACUUGGUGGCAUCUCAUUUCAACCUGAAGGAGAAGGAGUACUUUGGAAUUGCAUUCACAGAUGAAACGGGACACUUGAACUGGCUUCAGCUGGACCGGCGGGUGCUGGAACAUGACUUCCCCAAAAAGUCAGGACCGGUUGUUUUGUACUUUUGUGUCAGGUUCUACAUUGAAAGCAUCUCCUAUCUGAAGGACAAUGCCACCAUCGAGCUGUUUUUCUUGAACGCCAAGUCCUGCAUCUACAAGGAACUCAUUGAGGUUGACAGUGAAGUGGUGUUUGAACUGGCUGCGUACAUCUUGCAGGAGGCAAAGGGAGAUUUUUCAAGCAAUGAAGUUGUAAGGAAUGAAUUAAAGAAGCUGCCAGCCCUUCCGACACCGGCACUGAAGGAGCAUCCUUCCCUCGCCUACUGUGAGGAUCGAGUCAUUGAACAUUACAAGAAACUAAAUGGUCAGACAAGAGGUCAAGCAAUUGUGAAUUACAUGAGCAUUGUAGAAUCCCUCCCAACAUAUGGAGUGCAUUAUUAUGCAGUAAAGGACAAGCAGGGAAUUCCAUGGUGGUUAGGACUUAGCUACAAGGGGAUUUUUCAAUAUGACUACCAUGACAAAGUGAAACCAAGAAAGAUCUUUCAAUGGAGGCAGCUGGAGAACCUCUAUUUCCGCGAGAAGAAGUUCUCGGUGGAGGUGCACGAUCCGCGCAGGGCAUCUGUGACCAGGAGGACUUUUGGGCAUAGUGGCAUUGCUGUGCACACGUGGUACGCCUGUCCAGCACUAAUCAAGUCUAUCUGGGCUAUGGCCAUUAGUCAACACCAGUUCUACCUGGACAGGAAGCAAAGCAAGUCCAAGAUUCAUGCUGCAAGAAGCCUGAGUGAGAUUGCGAUUGACCUGACCGAAACUGGAACGCUCAAGACCUCGAAGCUGGCCAACAUGGGGAGCAAAGGCAAAAUUAUCAGCGGCAGCAGCGGGAGUCUUCUGUCAUCAGGUUCCCAAGAGUCAGAUAGUUCUCAGUCUGCCAAGAAAGACAUGCUGGCUGCACUGAAAUCCAGGCAAGAAGCUUUGGAAGAGACCCUGCGCCAACGCUUGGAAGAGCUAAAGAAACUGUGCCUGCGAGAAGCGGAGCUCACAGGAAAGCUGCCACGAGAAUACCCCCUGGAUCCCGGGGAGGAGCCGCCUAUUGUGAGGAGAAGAAUAGGAACUGCCUUUAAACUGGAUGAGCAGAAAAUCCUGCCUAAGGGAGAGGAGGCAGAGCUGGAGCGACUGGAGAGGGAAUUUGCCAUCCAGUCCCAGAUCACAGAGGCUGCCCGGCGCCUGGCGAGCGACCCGAACGUCAGCAAGAAGCUGAAGAAGCAGAGGAAGACAUCCUAUCUGAAUGCACUGAAGAAGCUGCAGGAGAUCGAGAAUGCCAUCAACGAGUAUCGCAUCAAAUCAGGAAAGAAGCCAACCCAGAGGGCCUCCCUGAUCAUAGAUGAAGGAAACAUUGCCAGUGAAGACAGCUCCCUCUCGGACGCCCUUGUUCUUGAGGAUGAGGAUUCUCAGAUCACCAGCACAAUCUCCCCUCUCCAGUCCCCACACAAAGGACUCCCUCCCCGGCCGCCGUUGCACAACCGGCCCCCUCCUCCGCAGUCGCUGGAAGGGCUCCGCCAGAUGCAUUAUCACCGCAACGACUAUGACAAGUCCCCCAUCAAGCCCAAGAUGUGGAGUGAGUCAUCCUUGGAUGAGCCCUAUGAGAAGGUCAAGAAACGCUCCUCGCACAGCCAUUCCAGCAGUCACAAGCGGUUCCCCAGCACUGGGAGCUGUGCCGAGGCGGGAGGGAGCAGCUCUCUGCAGAACAGCCCCAUCCGGAGCCUUCCCCACUGGAACUCCCAGUCCAGCAUGCCGUCGACGCCAGAUCUACGGGUACGCAGUCCGCACUACGUCCACUCCACACGGUCAGUAGACAUCAGCCCAACCAGACUGCACAGCUUAGCUCAGCACUUUAGGCACCGGAGCUCCAGUUUGGAGUCACAAGGAAAGCUCCUCGGCUCAGAAAAUGAGACAGGGAGCCCCGAUUUCUACACCCCAAGGACUCGUAGCAGUAACGGCUCUGACCCCAUGGACGACUGCUCUUCCUGCACCAGCCAUUCCAGCUCUGAGCACUACUACCCCGCUCAGAUGAACCCCAACUACUCCACCCUGGCAGAGGAUUCCCCGUCGAAAGCCAGAGAACGGCAGAGGCAAAGGCACAAAUCAGCAGGCAACCUGGUCUCUUCCAAUUCAGGGAGCAUGCCCAACCUGGCUGCGAGGAACGGGACGGGACACCACCGUGUCUACCUGCACAGCCAGAGCCAGCCCUCCUCCCAGUACAGGAUCAAAGAAUACCCCUUGUACAUUGAGGGCAGCUCCACGCCCGUGGUGGUGCGGAGCCUGGAGAACGACCAGGAGGGACAUUACAGCGUGAAAGCACAAUUCAAAACCUCCAACUCCUACACGGCAGGGGGGAUGUUUAAGGAGAACUGGCACGGGGAUGAAGUGGACUCGGUCAGGCUCACCCCCUCCCGCUCCCAAAUCAUAAGGACUCCAUCUCUGGGCAGGGAGGGCCACGAGAAAGGCUCGGGUAGGACUGCGGUGUCGGACGAGCUGCGGCUCUGGUACCAGCGGUCCACGGCCUCCCACAAGGAGCACAGCCGCCUCUCGCACACGAGCUCCACCUCCUCGGACAGCAGCUCCCAGUACAGCACAUCUUCACAAAGCACCUUUGUGGCGCACAGCCGGGUCACGAGAAUGCCUCAGAUGUGUAAAGCGACAUCAGCUGCCUUACCUCACAGCCAGAGGAGUUCCACGCCGUCGAGUGAACUCGCAGCCACGCCGCCGGGCAGUCCCCACCACAUUCUCACAUGGCAGACUGGAGAAGCAACAGACAACUCACCCACUAUGGAUGAGUCUCAGUCUCCAACCCACCAAAGUACUGAUGAAUAGAGGAACUACAAUGAUAGCUGUUUCCUGGAUUCUCCCCUCUAUCCAGAAUUAGCAGAUGUCCAGUGGUAUGGGCAGGAAAAAGCCAAGCCUGGGACUCUAGUGUGAACCCCUGACCUCAAGUUAAUCACAUCAAUGCCAUUCUGAGAUCACCUCACUGCCUCUCAUUUGCCUUACCCAGAUGCACUGUCACCCAGCACCAGCUUCAACUCUAAGCACUUUUCUCACGAUGCAGUUCAAGGCGACACUUACGGAACACUGGCCCUGAGACAUCCACCGCGGCAGCGACGGAGCGCAGCACAUCCCACGGCCAGGCAGGUGCCCGUCCCUCCCACGGCAGUGGCUGGAGAGGAGCAGACACCUGAACAGCCAGGUGGCAGUUUAAAAAUUGGUUUUCCUUGGAAACAGUGGAAGCCUCUCAAGGCUUGCAUCAAAUCUUCUUAGUGUUCCACGGCACGUAACAGCAGUAAGAGUUCCAUGACCUGCGAGCUGAAGCCAACAGAAUUAGUUUUAAGGGGGUGGGGAUGGGACAGAGGCUGAGAAAUGGAUACCAUAGUCCUGAAAGUGCAUCUGUUCUGAAGAAACAGCAAAAUCCCAUCACUGCAGAGAUAUGUUAGUGUCACAGUCAGAUCGGCACUGCCAAAAAUCACCGCACCACCAUUUGCAGGACAAGUUUGCUCGCAAGUUUUAGCUACGAGAACAUCUCCCUCCUUUUAACUCGGUGGCAAACACGGCCACCUCCUGUAAAAUGGCAUUUCCUUCUUCGCUUGGAGCCCACCUAUACGCAAGUAAAACAACCCCCCGCGCUGCAGACACACCAGAGUUCUGGGCUGGUAUCACAGCACCGCUGUCUAAAAGCUACUGUUAAACUGGACAAACAAGGUUUACGAAGGCAUUACCUAAAGCAGAGGCGAGUACUGCACUCACAGCACCUCUGCGGCUGGCACAGGGUGCCCACCAAUGCACAGAGAGGUUGGGGGUUGCGCCGGUUGCUUUGAUAAAAGAUAAAAAUUGCCAAAAACAAAACCAAAACAAACCUUUCUGCAAACAGAUACAGCCGAUAAAUUCGAAUCGAUUUCUGCACAAAGCGUCAAGGUGAAGUCAAAGGGCGAGCACGUCGCAGUCGAAUCGGCGCGGUAGGGCUGAGUCAACAUAUCGGUUCCACUCACCUUCCCUUCGUUAGCACCCGUGUAGCAAAGGGCUCGUCACCCGCGUGCUGCUGCGUGGGAGAACCGGUCUGUCGGGGAGACGGGAAGGCUCCGCAGCAGAGCAGGGUCGGACAACCAGCAGGCAGGCAGAUCUUCCCAUUGCAAGACCACAGGGAAGAGAAGCGACGGCGGGCGGCGCUGGGCACGAGCGAGGGCUGCCUGCUGAUACCAAAAGGAAUCGCACGAGCGCGUCACGGAAGGAGCCGCGAGUUUACACGUACUUUUGAGCAAUGCUUUAUUCACGUCAAGCCAUGGAACUUUAAAAGGCCUCAAAGACACUUUUGUAACGAACAAGUGCACAAUCUAGGUGGAUGUUGAAGCUGGCACGGUCUAGUCUUCACUGCGGUGCUAUGCUGUUUUUAUUGCCACUCGAUGGGGGGAGGCGCCCGGCCUUCCCUCGUUGGUGCGUGCAAACGAUGAUUUCCUAUGGGAAAGGCAUUAAAAGAAACGGCUGGAGGGGGGUUACUUUGUGAAAAGCAGAAACUGAAGUUAGCUUUAGUUUUAAGGAAAAAGGAAAAAAAAAACAAACGUGUGAGCGUGUGUGUGUGUUUGAGUGAGAGUGUGUGUGUGUGUUUCCAAGAAUAACAACAGCGUCUACCAGACAAAGAAGGGCGAAACGUUUCAAAUUAAACACAGCGACUUGGGGGGCUGCCACACCUUUUGGUAUUAAAAUUGCUGGAAAACUGCAUUCCAGGCUUUAAAAGAGAAGGGUUCUGCAUAAUUAGGCUUUGAAAAACGAUGGGGUUUCUAAGCAUUAAUACCUUUCUGCAACUCUCACCAGAAACGUUGGCUUCAGUUCCCUGCGCUGCUGCCUCACAUGGCUGGUAAGGCAGGGGGUGGCCUUGCAGAGAUGAGACAGUGACAGGCAGAAAGGCUGUUUAUUUGUCCAGGGGAAUCCACGGCAGAGUCAGGAUUGGAUGGGGCAAAAGCCGAGGCUGGAUGGGGCUCUGAGGCAAGCUGGUCUCGUGGAAGGUGUCCCUGCCUGUGGCAGGGGGUUGGAACAAGAUGAUCCUUAAGGUCCCUUCCAACCCAAACCAUUCUAUGAUUCUGGGAUAAGGAAACCCUUUCAUACUCACACAUGAAACAUAAAUUAAUUACUCCUAUUAAAAAAAAACAAACACCCACACUAAAACAACAAAAAACACGGGCCAGGGGUUUCAAACGUGGCCACACAAACCUUGUGCUUUUGGGCCUCCUUGAAGCUUCACCCUGGGAGUGUAACGCCCUGUGACAGUAAUUGAAGCCUUGUAUCCAAUUCUGGAAGAACAGCCAGCGGUGAGAUUACACCCUUCACUUGGACAUGCAAAAUGCUGUUUUCACCAUCUCUUUGUGCAUUGGGGUCUUUAACACAGGAAUUAUUUCAAGCUCCUAAUUGGAUUUUUAGCUGGAUAAGAGAUAGUACUGAUUAAUGACAUUUACUGAUAAGAUUUGGAAGCUAAAGUGAAAGGAUUAAAUAAGGACCAAAUUAAGCAGCAGCGAGUAAUUUAGCCCAAGGAUUUUUAGGGGCUCUGAGCAACUGUCUGUUUUCUUUUUAAUUUCCCUGGUAAGUGGUUUGGGUUGGUUUUUUUUUUAAUGUGUACCUUCUUUUAAUUAAAAAGAAUUCAACAACAGCGGCACUAUGACGCCUCUGGGCACUACAGGAAGAAACAUUAAUUCCUCCAAGACCAGCUCUGCAGUCUUGCAGCAAAGGUUAAAAGGUGGCAGCCCUGAAAUUGGAGGGGGGAAAAAAACCCAGAAUGUUUAGCCUGAAUUGCAAACAGGCUGGAGUGAAGAAAAAGCUUUCUAGAAACGGAUUGAGUUUUGCUUUGUGUUCUGCUUUUCUGGUUUGCAAUCAAGGCACAUGUGAGCAGCCAGUCUGGUAGUAAAGACAGAUUAAGUAAAACAGGUUUUACUGUUUAGCUCAAUUCAAUUAAACACAAAUGUACAUAAAAUGUUAAUCAUAUGAGAUUAACAUAUUUAAGUAUAGCACGGAGGGGUAUAUACAUAGCUAUUAUAGACAAGCACUUGACUACCAACUUAACCCCUCCUUUUUUUAUUUUUCAAGGCUCCAUCUGCCAUAAAGCCACAACCGCGUUCUUCGUCUCCGUUGUCUGACGCUCCCUCUGUGUGGGCAGGAGCCAGUGGACAGUCCAUGCACUGGGCUGUGCUGGAGGCAGGGUUUAUUUUUAAAUGGUAUUAUAUGCAGUCGAGUGUUGAAAAUGUUGAAACAAGUCCAAUUUGUUUUCACUCUGUAUUAGUUUUAGUUUCAGGCAUAGCCGAUCCCCAUUCAGGUGCUAUCAGAUGACCAGUUACUGCUUAGUUAACUAGAUGUAAAGUUUUACAUAUAUAUUAAUGUCAAUAGUUUUAUUACAGGUUGUGUAAAAUGGACUCUCUAGUUUAAAAAAAAAAAAAAAGAAAAAAAAAAAAAAAGGAAGAAAAAAAAAAAAUUAGGUCUCUCCUGAAAUUGAACUUUAGAGCAUGGAAAAUGAUUUUACUGGAUUCUGUUCAACUGUAAUCAAGGAAAAAAAAAAUAUGUAUGUUGUAGAAAAAGUUGCAGAAUUAAAAAAGAUCUGCUUUUAAUUUAUUCUUUUUGUAUUAAGAAUUUGUAUAGUUACCUUUACAUUUUGCAAAACGGUGUUGUCAACACUUCCUUAUUAAAGCAUUUUCAAAAUGAAA